CGCGACGAUUAUCUUCUAGCCCAUCGAGCCUCCAAUUGCUUCCCAGAAAAUAAAGGGCCCAGAAUUAAAUCCGCGACAAUGCGAUCUCGAAUUCUAAGGACUGAGGCCCCAGUCUGUCAACUAUGCUCCUUUAUUUCGACUGGCCCGUCGAUCCGAGCACGGCCUUUACGACUUCCAACGUCGUCCCAGACGCUCCGACCAUUCUGUUCUAGCCAAAGGACAUUUGCAAAUGACCGACGAAACCCCACCAAUUCAGACGUGAAAGCUCGCCCGGCUUCUGUGAAAUCUACUAUACCAGCUCAAUAUGAUGGCGCAAAGCUAUCUGGGGCCAUUGAUGCGAGAGUGGUCCAGAGCGACUUGGACAAAGCCGCAUCACUCCGAGACGACCUUAUAAAGAAGGAUGGCAUUCCUUCCGACAAUGAGACGGAGGCCGUACUUGACGCGUAUCAAAAAAUAGCCGACAACCUAAUGAACCCCCCCGAUCCCGCAGCAUUGCCAAAAGAUGCAUCAGCAACCUCUGCGCUACUUUCGAUCAAAACGGCUGCGAAGCCACGCCCGGCUGUCCAUGCACACUCUCCAAUUGUGGACGGAGCUUCGAGAAAGCUAUCGGACCUCGCGCUGUCUGUAUUACAGCACCCUCCAAUUUUUAUUACUCCCAGCAUACUUCGCCGCUACGUGAAGUUGCAGUCGACAUUAAAGCGUCCGGAGACGCUGCCUACAGCAUUCCACCUGUAUUCUACGAAGCCAGCCCCUGUGGACGGCUCAUCGCCUGUGAAAUACAAGGAGGUCAAUCCAAAUAAGAGCGCCAAUUCAAUUGAAGCAAAGAUGGCGGACCUUGCUCUGCAAACUGCUAUCGAAGCCAAGAACCUAGUCACGGCGAUGGAUAUUGUGGACACAACGUAUGACACCAAGGCGUUUCGCCGUACCAAGUUUAUUCGCAGAGCGCUUUUACCAGCCACGGGCCUCGCAUUAGCACCUGCAGCUGCCUAUGCUGUUGCAACCCAGCUCUCUCACUUUCAGACGACCAUGGACCCCACUGUUGCUACCAACGUUGCUUUCGUUGGUAUCUUAGGAUAUAUCGGGUUUACAACAGUUGUUGGCAUCGUGGCCGUGACAACAGCAAACGACCAAAUGGAGCGCAUCACCUGGACCACGGGUAUGCCUCUGAGGGAGAGGUGGAUUCGAGAAGAAGAGCGUGCUGCCAUUGACAAAAUAGCAGGCGCAUGGGGCUUCCGCCAGGUCUGGCGUAGAGGAGAAGAAGAAGGCGAGGAGUGGGAAGCACUCAGAGAGUGGGUUGCCAGGAGAGGAAUGAUCCUUGACAGGACUGAGUUGAUGGAAGGCAUGGAAUGAAGCAAUGGCUCUUGUCCUCGUCCAGGCCUUAAUCGAGUCCCACAGGUCCGGGUUUAGAUUGGCAAUAUAUAUAAGUCACAAUAUCAGCAGACCCAGUAUUAGGGUGAUACCAUUUGGCGCAAGGAGUUACCAGCGCAUCUGUAUUUUGUAAAUUAUAUAUAGAAGACUCCACAAUUUCAUGUAUGCAUGGCC